AUGUGCCUGUCCGAAUUUACCAGCCAAAAGCUCCCUCUGCUGGUCAAAGGAGGGGCAUCAUCUUCUUUCAUGGUGGUGGCUGGCCAUGAAGACAUCUGCCGCUAUUUCACCAAAGAAAGUGAAUCGGUGGUUGUCUCUGUGGAGUACUGCCUGGCUCCUGAGAACAGGUUUCCCGCUCAGCUAAAUGACUGUCUUGCUGCCACCACCCAUUUCCUGGAGACCGCAGAAGAUUACGGUGUGGACAGCGGCCGUGUCAUUGUCGCCGGGGAUAGUGCGGGUGGCCAACUUGCUGCCUUGGUUUGCCAGAGCCUAGUGAGUCGCCCAGAGCUUGCAAAGGUGUGUGCCCAGAUCCUCAUCUACCCAGGCCUGCAGGCUGUAGACUUCAACUUGCCUUCGUAUCAGCAAAACCGAGCGGUGCCCAUUUUGUUCCGGAAGCGGGCAGCUUUUUACACUUUGCAGUACAUGAAUGGAGACGCCUCCUUCCUAGAAGAGGUCUUGGAGGGCUACCAUGUCCCUGAAUACCGAAAGCAGCAGUACAGGAAAUGGCUUUGUGCUGACAAAAUCCCCAUCCAAUUUAAGGCCAGAGGCUACAAGCCCCCAGUUCCUGUUUCCUGUGUGAACGAAGUGUAUGAGGCAGUCAAGGGUCUGAGUGUCCCGGACGGUUCGCCACUUCUUGUGGAGGAUGCUGUUCUUCGCCAGCUCCCCAAGACAUGCCUCGUGACCUGUGAAUAUGAUGUCCUGAGGGACGAUGGGUUACUCUAUAAGAAGAGAUUAGAAGACAACAAGGUCCCAGUGACUUGGUACCACAUUGCCAAUGGAUUCCAUGGGAUCCUAAGCUUCUUUGACAAGGGCUGGUUAACUUUUCCAUCAGGGAAGAAAGGCAUGGAUAACAUCGUGAGCUUCAUAAAAAGCCUAUAA